AUGGAAGAAGAUUUCGAGUCCUCGCCUCACGGGAGACAUGCAAGCUUUCUGGGGCGAUGCCCUUGUCCUCCGGCUCCUAGUGAAGUUGAGCGUGCGGAAGCAGCUACAGCGACAACCAACAAGCCCUUGAGUUUAUCCAACGUGUUCAAGCAUGCUAAAGCGGAACAGGAGCUAUCCUCAGGUCAAACAGAAAAGAGAAGCCCCUUGAAACCAUUGCAGCUGCCCUGCAUGCCAUCAGAGUACAUCGGGAACAAAGUCGAUUCCGACACCUCGAAAAGGCAAACGCCUCUCAUUCGAGUGUGUGGAAUGCGGAGCGGAGAACGACAACAACUUCAAGUCUUGUCAGAUCUGCGGUGCAGAAUCGCUCAGAGCCAGUCCAUCGACGAGCCGAUCUCAACUCAAACAAGAAUUGAACCGGAAGUUACUUUUCUCCGCAGCGCUCAAAGCCAUAUUCUGCACUUGCAGAGGGAACUUGCUUUAAAGAGCGCAGAGAUCCAGAGGCUCAAGAUGGAGAAGAGAUUGUUAGCAGAGGAAGAAGAGAAUCAUCAAUCGAACGGGAGCUCGUUAACGAGCACCAACAACGCGAAUGAGAGAGGAGAUUGGGCGUUAGGUGUUAUUCCGAUGUUUUAG